ACAGCGACAGUUGUUUGAAAUUUGGCUAGCGAAUUAGCUGCUCGGUGCAGCUAGCUGCCUGGUUAGCAUUAGCUCUUCAAGAAACGGAUUUUAGGCUUGUUUACCGUUGCGGGGCCUGUUUCCACCACGUGGGAGUCUGUUCUACAACUACGAUGCCACCGAAGACUAAAGGCAAGAAGUCCGGGAAGGCGAAGUCGUCUUCAGUGGUGGACGGCGUGUCCACGGAGGAGAUGUCCAAGGAUCAGCUGGAGGAGCACAUUGUUCGGCUCCGAGAGGAACUGGACCGAGAGCGGGAGGAGAGGAGCUACUUCCAGCUGGAGCGGGACAAGAUCAUGGCCUUCUGGGAGAUCUGCAAGAGAGACCUGGAGGAGACCAAGGCCGAGCUGAGGAACAGGCUGAGGGAGAGAGAUGAGGCCGAGGACCGGCACCGAGCGGAGAUCAGUGUGUACAAGCACAAGCUGAAGCACGUCCUGUCUGAGCAGCACAACACUGUGUCUGAGUUGAAAAUGGACAGUGUAGCUGUGUCCUCGCUGGUCCAGAACCAGCACACAGAGUCAGAGCUCAGGCUUCGUGAAGACACACAGGGUCUGCAGGCGGACCUGAGGGAGAAGCAGCUCCAGAACCAGAACUGCAUCAAGGAGCUUAAACUGAAACACCAGGUGGAGCUGAUGGAGCUGACCAAUGAAUAUGACAGAAGAAUCCGAGAAAUGGAGGUGAAGUAUCACAGAAGGAUGAAAGUGAUGGUGGAGGAGGAUCGGAAGAAGCAGCAGGAGGAGGUGAGCGAGCUGGAGAACAGGAUGAGGAGCCACGUGGUGCAGCUGCUGAAGGAGCAGGACCGCGCGCUGAGGGGAGCCGAGGAGUAUUACAGCCAGACGCAGAGGAAGCUGAUGGAGGAGCAGCUGCGACUCAAGAGGGAGCUCGCGGAGGAGCAGGACAACUACGCUCAGACAGACAGGAAGCUCAAAGCAGCUCAGCGGGAGAACCAGCGUCUGCACGGGUCUCUGCAGGACCUGGAGCGCAAGCUGCCCCUGCUCCACAAUCAGCUGCAGGACUACAACCAGGCCAAGGCCCAGAUAGCGGAGGGCAGAGCUCGACUGAAGGUGUCUGCGAAGGAGCUCAGAGGCCUGAUGGUGGAGCACGAGCUGCUGCUGCAGGCGUUCCAGAAGGUGGAGCAGGAGCGCGACGAGCUGCUGCGGCGGCAGACGGAGGCGGUGCUGGACGUGCAGCAGCGGAGCGGCCUGAAGGAGCUGCUGCUGCAGAGGAAGCUGGCGGCGCUGACAGAGACUCUGGAGCAGAAGGAAGCCCAGCUGUGCGCCGCGCUCUCUGCCUCCAACCCGGACCCGGCCGCCGGAGGCAGCUCUGCAGACAGACUGCAGGAAAUCGUGGAGUCCAAAGACGCUGCUGUCCGCACCCUGCAGGACGACCUGGCCCGAGAAUGUCAGGACUAUAACGACCUGCUGCAAAGCUGCCAGGACAGGCUGAAGACCCAGGGCGUCCCCCUGUUCCAGUUCCCCUUCAGGCCUGCGGAGCAGAUCCUGAACGGAGGCAGCUGAUCACCAGGCGCAGCAAGUCAGAGUCCGUCUGGCGCCAUCAGUCCACAGAAAACCUGCUUUAGGCCACAACCUGUGUCCCUUUCUCCUUUUUCAUUUUGAUCAUUGGAACUAACAACAGCUCCUGCAGGUCAGACACGAACUGGACGUGGACAGAAACUUUAUCCUCCAGACUGGAGGUUGUAUUAAUGUCCGUUAGUGUCACAGCGAAGACCAAGGUAUUUCCUUACCAGACACAAACCAAACUCACACACUCUUCUGGUUCUUUACUGACAUUCAUACAAUCUACAAAAGUACAUUAAUAUUUAUAAACAUGGUCAAUAGUCGUGAUGUGGAAGACUCAUGUUCACUUCUGUGACUAAAAUAAAAAUUGUAUGUGACGUGAA